CAGAGUUUUCACUCAGCGCUCAAGAGAAAUCCAGAAGGGGUGUACUAAGGAAAGAAGUAAAUAAUGCAACAAUUUUGAUAAACGGCACAUUAGAUACGAGUUCUACGACCGUUAGUUUUUGGGUAGAUUUCACAAAAGCAUCACAAAAAAUGAGUGAUGUAAACGGAAUUUGCGUCACGAGUUUAUUUCUCACUAGCGGAACAGGUGUUUAAUAAAUGAGUGACUUAAAAAGUUUACCAAACCUGUUGCAUACUAUACUUUUUCUAAGACCGUUAGUUUUCGCAUUGAUUUACAUUCGAUUGCUCCCAAACUCGUGUGGUAAUAUCCCGGAAAUGUCCGAAGAGGCUCGGAUCCGUGGGACAAGAAACUCAAGUGGUAAAGUGACGCUUUCGGCACUCUAGUUCGAUGUAUAAUGAGGUAUGUUACAGAAGGGAAUAGAAAAAAAAUAUUUCAAGCUAAACCAAAAAUUGUUAUUAUUAUAAAGAUCAGACAGUAUGAUAAUAUAAAUUGUCUACUUUACUAAUUUACUAACUCAAGCAAAAGCAAUAUCAAUUUUCCGAUAAAGUAACGCAUAAAUAUGCGAUACGUUGUUCGCUCACCUUAAACGUUUAAAAAUGGCCGUCAAUUCACCAUGAAAAUCAUCUACCUAAUUACCUGCGCCGCGCUGGUCAGCGGCGCUGAAAAAUUCAAAGUCGUACGCCAAUGGACUCACCUCAACUACACCUGGAGGUCCCAGGCAGAAUACAAGGACGCCCUCAAAACAGGUCGCUACGUACCUCAAAACAAUGCACCGGUAGGUAUCAAGAUUUACGGGAAUACCUUGUACGUUUCGGUGCCAAAGUACCGGAAGGGGGUGCCUGUCACGCUGACUACCGUCGAGAACAAUCAUUUCAACCCUCUGCUCUCUCCGUUCCCCAGUUGGGAGCUGAACGAUGAUUCCGACUGCGCGAACUUGCAAAGCGUGCAAAGCAUGGAAAUCGACACCAUGGGUAUCAUGUGGGUUCUAGAUGGCGCCCGGAUAAACAACUACAACAGAUGUCCCACUAAAUUGGUACUACUCGAUCUAAACAACGGAGGAAAGGUGAUCCGAGUUAACGUCUUCCCGAACGAGACUUCUCAUCAAGUGGGCGGGUUUCUUAACGACUUGGUGGUGGACGAAACGAGCGGAGGGUUUGCAUACAUCACGGAUGCUUCACCAGUUGAUCCCGGACUGAUAGUCUACUCCAAAGAAAAAGACGAGGCGUGGAAACUUAGAGAUUCUUCCAUGUUUUCCAACGAGGCGCAACUGGUCAUAAAGGGCUCAGUAUUAGAUUCGUCAUACACAAUCAAUGGCAUAGCUCUAUCUCCACCAUGCGACGACAGGAUGGUAUACUAUUGCACCAUCGGAUCUUAUACGCUCUAUUCCAUACCGACAAGCGCGUUGAAAAACCGGCACCUGGCAAACACCGAAGAAUGGAGGAAAAGUAUUACCUUAGUCGGCAGAAAACUUGGCCAAAGCCAAGGUCUUACGAUCGACAGCGAUGGAAAUUUGUUCUACACGAUGUCGACCUUCUACGGGGUGGGCAAAUGGAACACCAGCACCCCCUUGUGGACAUCGGAAUUAUUUGAUCGCGAUGAGCAGCAGAUGGUAUGGACAGACGGAUUCGCGUUCGACCAGCGCGGGUAUAUUUACCUCAUUACGAAUUACGUGUAUAAAUUUAUACAACCCAAGGAAAGUUUGUUCAAUGACGGGAGGGUAUUGUUUAGAGUGUUUAAGUACCACUCACGCACUAAAAGUUACCUAUACAGCAAAUAAAUCGUUUUUUCCUAAAGUUGAUUUUGAUAUUGACAUUGUAGGAAUGUUUACAAAAAAUAAAUAAAUUUCGUUCAAAUAUCAUAAAACCCAGAGCAAAAAUAGUAAUAGUAAUAAGAGUUUCAUAUAUGUAAAAUAAUAAAUUAACAUGCUACUUUUUAAUAGUUAAUUAGACUAUAAGUUAUGGAAUAACAGUAAAUUGGUAAGCAACAGUAAAGAAAAAAGAAAUAUGAGCAGAUACAGCGAUAUUACAGUUUGUUUAAAAUUAUAGUUCGAAAGUUGCAGAAACCAUUUUGAAAAAUGUCCACUUCACGCAGUUCACUAUUUAUUAAGUUACACAUUCUGUCCUGUCCUAGAUUAGUGUAAGCUCUAGCAAGUUCAAAAGUGAUAUUAUUCCUUGUUAAAUAUGUAGGCACAAUGAAUCUUAAAUAACUAAUUAGAAAAAAAUAAUCUAUUCUGCCCCAAACCAGUUUAUACAAAAAUAUUGCUUCAGCAAUUUUCCUUCUUUUUUCAAGUGUGCAAACACCAAACUCGCCAGUCAAAACGAUAUAGGGUACAUCAAAAUAAUAAAUAUCAUACUUCUUAUAAUACCUCAAAAAUUUCUUCUGAAUCUUUUCUAAUACAAAAUAGUACUGACUCCAGACAACCGAAGAAUAUUCGAUAAUACUCCUAACAUAUGCAUUAUACAAUAGAUUCAGCGUUUCCUUAAUCUGAAAACCGGAAGAAUUUCGAACCACAAAGCCUCACAUUUUUUUGUUAUGCUGUCUAUAUGUUUAUAAAAUUCUAAUCGGAAAUCAAAAAUCAAGAUCCUUCAUUUCUGUUUUUUGUUCUAUUAUAAUUUCUUUCAUUCUAUAUUGAUACUUGAUAGGACUUGAUCUUUUGCUAAAUGUCAUGGAACAACAUUUGCUGAUAUUAAAACUCAACUUAUUUGUUUCUGACAAUUUGAUUACUUCAUUUAAGUCCUUUUGCAGCAAUUCACAGUCUUGUCUACAUCUAAUUUUUCGAAAUAAUUUAUAAUCAUCUGCAAAAAGAAGAUUAAGUGAAUUUGCUGCAGAUUGUGGCAUGCCAUUGAUCAAAAUGUCAAAGAAGAGUGGUCCAAGGUUCGAACCCUGCGGUACCCCCGAGCAAAGGGCUCCGAAGAGGCACCCCUGUAAAUCACAUAUCGUUUCCGGGAGCUUAAAUAUGAACUUGAGAGACUCAGAGUUCCCCCGAGAGACCAAACGCUGACAGCUUCCGCAGAAGAACAUCAUGGCACAAACGGUCAAAUACUUUAGCGAAAUCAGUGUAUACUACAUCACCCUGGAUAUUCGCGGCUAGAGCAGCGUUAACGUAUUGAGUAAAACACGCUAAAUUUGUCACAGUGGAUCUUUUCGUCGUGAAGCCAUGCUGCUCUUCCGCAAGUAUCGGUCUGACAUGAGCAUACAUUUUCUUAUGAAAGCUCGUUUCAAAUAUUUUACUUGGCGCGCAUAUCAAAGCGAUAGGGCGGAACUAUUUUAUAUUAUUAUGCUUGGUACUCUUUGCUAUUGGACAGAUUUUGGAAAUUUUCGAGAUAUCCGGAUAUGUUUGAGUUUUGUCUGACCAGAAGCUCCCUGCAGGCUUUAAAAAUAUAGGGCGUAAUAUACAUGAUUUUUUAGGCUUUAGCUUAGCAAUAGCCUCCAGUAUGUCAUUUUUUGCAAUUGCAUUUAUGGUUAGUGUCGUAUUUGUGUACAGUAAGUCGUCCUUUGCAAGAUUGUUUGUAGCCGGCUUUUCUGAAUACACACUUUUAAAGGCUUGGGCUAUCUUACUGUUGCCACUAAUUUCUCUCUCUCCUCAGAGAACAUGCAGACCGAAGCAACAUCGGAGUCCCCUUUGUGUUGUGCACAAGUUUGCAGAAACUUCCUACAUCAGAGUGUAGGUUAUUUUCAGCACACAUUUUUUUUUCUUAAAUUAGUAAAUAUCUGUAUAUCAAAAUCAAUGUUGAAUUUUUUAAUAUUAUCGUGAUAAAAGGCUGUACGUUUUAAAUCCUCUAUAAUAUUUUUGUUGAGCCACAGUGGAUAGCGUUUUUUAGUAUAUUUGGCAAGUGGGACACUCUCUGAUAAAAUUCUUAGAAAUAUCUGGUAAAAAUGAGCAAUAGCUUCAUUAAUUUCUUUGUAACGCAUUCAGCUCUUCCCACGUUGUAACUUUCAACAAGUUAUACAGCUUUUCAAAAUCUGCUUUUUGGUAAUUAAAUUCGGUAAGAAAACCUUCAGUUUCGCCAUCAAAUUGAGUAAAAACUGGUCCGCUACUUCUCCCAGGAGAGGAAAAUCGCUACGACUGACAGUUAACUUAUGACUACUCAGAACCAAAUCCAAUACUCUGUCUCUACCGUUUAAUACCGUAUUAUAAUUUCGCAUGUCGUAGCAAUUUAUUAACUCUAGGUACUUUGUUUCAAUAUUGGUUAAAUUUUCUAAAUUACUUAAGUUGCACAGAAAGUUCUUUAGAAUUUAUUCUCCGAUUUACUGCAACAACAACCCCUCCCCCAGUUUUUUUAUUUGUGUACAUAAGGUCCCUAUCUCUCUUAUAAACGGUACAUUUAUUGUCAAAACACUCAAAAUCAAACACUGAUGGGUUACGCCACGUUUCGGUUAGUACCAUUAUGUCAAAAUCCUGUUGUGAAAGUGCAAUUUUAAUUUAGAAGACAUCCCUUGAACAUUUUGAUAGUAACAGGUAAAAACAAAAGACUUACGUUUAGUGAAUGUCAUUGAAAUUGCUUGUUGAGUCUAUUUUAAACGCCUUCACACUUCUCUUUGUGUUUUCUUUUUCGAAAGAAACGCAUUUCGUUCCCCACACGGAAUUUUUUUCAAGGCAAUCCGUGAUUUUUUUAUCCUGAGCCGAAAUUAUUGCAUUUGUCUCCUCGAC